AAUAAUACUUGCAAAUUCCUUGGCAAUUUCUAUUUAAACCGAUUUCAGUAGACUUGCUAUUGUCAUCAUUUCAUAUCUUAGAUCAUCUCUCUUCUCUCUCUUUCUCUUAAGAAUAUUGGAAAUUUCUGAAGCUUUUCUAUAGUUGAUCUCGAGCCAUGCCUCCAAUGGUACGCCUUCUUUUUCCUAUGAUAUCUCUUAAAAUAAUUAUGCGUUGAAUAAUCGUUUGUAUAUAAAUACUAUUUGACUAUAUAUAGUUAUGUUAAUCAGGUUGAAAAUAUGUAAUUAACCAUACUGAUCUCUGUUUUGAAAUAACAGAAAGCUGUGUUGCAAUUGAGCAUUCACGAGGAAAGAAUCAGGAAGAAAGCGUUUGUCACCGUUUCUCGAUGUCCAGGUGUUACUUCGAUAACAAUGGAUGACAAAACCGGGAAAAUGACAGUAGUUGGUGAAGUUGAUGUACCGGUUAUCGUGAUGAAGCUAAGGAAGCUAUGUAACACAGAGCUUGUUUCGGUUGAAGUUGUUAAACCACCUGAGAAAAAGCCUGAACCAGAGAAACCGGCUCCACCUAAACCAGCUCCAGCUCCAGCUAAACCGGCUGAAAUUGUUGCCUGGCCGGUUCAGAUGAACAACCCUUACCAAUACAAUCCUGCCUAUGCAAAUUCUUACUAUCAACCAUAUGGGAACUCUAGAUUUGUAACGGACGAAUCAAAUUGUGUGAUUAUGUGAUAACUUAUUUCAAAUAAUGUGUUAAGUUAGUUUUGAUGGAAGAGUGUAAUUUUUUAGCUACUGUAAUAUACAUUUCUCAUAUGAGCUUAUUCAGAAAAAUUUAUGUUACUGUAUGAUAAAUUUGAUCUUUAUACGUUUUGUUAACUUUAACUUUUAA